UGUGAAAUACUGAAUUUGAGCAGCGAGCCACACAACAGGAACAACAGCAGCAACAACCAUGAAGUUCCAAGCUCUUUUCUUCCUUCUGUUCCUCACCUGCAUGUACAUGAGUCUGGCACAAGGCUCUUAUGGCAACUGCUGCCUUGGCUAUGUCACAGGGAUGAGACCAAAAGCAAAGAGAAACAUAGAGAGUUUCAGGAUGCAGGAAACAGAUGGUGACUGCAACAUCAGAGCUGCUGUGUUUGUGAUAAAGAAGAAGCUCCGUGGAAAAGACACAAAGAACUGGACCAUCUGUGCCAACCCAGACAAGAAAUGGGUCCAGGAUCUGAUUAAGUUUGUGGAGCAGAGAAAGAAUUAGACUGCUAAAAGAAGAGAAGAACUGGAGAGAGGAGAGCAGCUGUUUCACCUCCCUGUCAGACAUCAUAUAUCACCUUUGACCAGAUGGACCAGAUUAUGUUUCAGUAGAUUAGAUAUUUCCUGUUGCUGACACAGAAUGUAAAUCAUUUACAGUUCAUUAUAACAUGAACAUAUCUUCCAUAUUAUUGCCAGUAUAGAAAAAUUCAUUUAUAUGAGCCAUUUCUUUGAUACUAGUCACCGCUCUGUGAUGUGUAGAGCCUGCUAGGAAUGAGCCACUCUUUGGCAGCUUUGAAAUAUUUUUACAGUGUGUGUGUGUGUGUGUGUGUGUGUGUGUGUGUGUGUGUGUGUGUGUGUGUGUGUGUGUG